AUGAGUACCAGGAAAACUUUGUAUAAUCCAGAGAAUCCAAAGGACUUGGAGGAGCUGAUGAACUACUUCCACAGCCUGGACUCAGACGAUGAAGCUCAUGAGCAGUUUCAAAGUGCAGAGAGCUUAGAAGUCGCGUUAGUUCCUCCCGACGAUGCCAUGGACAGCGACCAAGAUGAUGCUCACAGUGAUGACGAUAUGGUACCUAGUAUCAGCGAUCUGGGAAAGGGUAUUCUCUCUCAGAAAGUAGAUGUUUUUGCUGUUAAUAAGAAUAAAGAAAAAUCUCCAAUCAAAACUGGAAUUCAGUCUCCUCUACAAAUCCGACCAAGUGACCAGAACUGGGAAGAGAGUGAUGAUGAAACCCUGGCUGAUAAGCAGAAAAGACUGAAAAUUCAAUUUCCUUCUGUCAGAAAAAGUACACAAAAAGUCAAUAGAGCAUGGCAAGAAAUAACCCUUGAACCACGAGACCAGCCAAUUGAGUUACUAAAGGAAAAUAUUCUUACCGAUAUAUUAGAGAGAAAUAUGGCGCCGAUCGAUUUGUUCAAAGUUUUUUUUUGUGAAGAUAUAAUCACCACAAUGUGUAUAGAAACAAAAAGAUAUGCCGACCAGAAGGGAUUUCAUGGAGACAAAAUAGAAGGCAAAUCACUUGGCUCAAGUAUAACUGAGAAACUGUGCCUAAAUUUUUUAGAACAAAAUAGUAUCAUUUUCCUAGAUAACUAUUUUACCUCUAUUCCUCUAUUAGAAACCGUAACAGCUAAUAAAGUAUACUGUGUGGGUACGGUAAGAUCAGAUCGAGUAGAGAAAGCUCCUCUCAAAGAUUUAAAAAAGGAGAAUAGAGGUAGUCACUACACAAUUCAUGACUCAACAUCCAGCAUAACAUUGACACGUUGGCAUGACAAUAGUCAAGUUACUGUUAUAUCAAAUGUACAAGACAAAACCCUUUACCAGACGAAAGGCUCGUGUAAACGAUGGUCGAAGAAGGACAAAUUUGCUAUCCAAGUUGACCAACCGUCUCUAGUACAUUUAUAUAAUAAAGGAAUGGGAGGUGUCGAUCGAUUCGACCAAAUGAGAGGCUUGUAUAGAUCUAGGAUUAGGUCGAAAAAAUGGUACUGGCCGUUGAUUCGCUUUUGCCUGGACGGAUCUAUUGUCAAUAUGUGGCAUUUAUAUCGUCAGGCACUUCUAUCAAGGAAUGAAUUUAUAUCACUCCUUGAAUUUCGUAGAAGAGUAGUCCUAGCGCUUUUAGCUGCGCCACCUUCAAACUCAAAUACUGGUCCAAAACCAAAACUAUCCUGUAAGGUUCUAUCAGAAGUUCGAUACGAUGGAAAAGAGCACUGGAUUGACCGACAGGAGACGCAGCGUCGUUGUGGAAAAUGUGGAAAAUGUACAAAAUUUUCCUGUGUAGAAUGCAAUAUAGGUCUACAUCCAGAUAAAUGUUUCCGACAAUAUCACCAGAAGUAA